UCCUUCUGCUUUCUGGUGUCCCCCACCCCCCAGCCUGCAGUGAUACAGUUACCUCAGAACUGAAAUAUUCCUGGAAACACCGGCCUCGUCUGGUUAAUUUCACGAGCCGUUUUUCUGCCCAGAUGACUUAGCUGUUGUUUAUCCAAAGGCUUCUUCUCCUCCUGUUGCCCCCUGUGUAAGGAGCUAUUUUCCCCAGGGAUGUCCCACAGGGCCCAGGAAGGGAGGGGAAACGAGCUCCAGGCUGGCCUCCUGUCUAUACCUCCAGUUACGGGGCAGACAGCCUAGUCCAGGAUUCUGGAUGACAGGGCUGCCUUUGGCAGGGAGGGGUGAAGAGGCCAGCCAAGCCUCCAGUUUCUGCUUUGGCAGGACUUUGGCAAUGCCACUAACUUCCAGCAAAACCAUACUUCAUCCUAAAAGCUGUCUCAAAGCUGGAAGGGCCGCUGCUCAGCUCAUGAUGGUUCCAGUCUCCAAAACAAACCCUACAAGAUACGCACAGGAUCCUACAGGGGACUUCACCAGAUGCCCAGGCUUGGUACACAGGAGGAGAACUUGGACGUAUUUGGGGAUUCGGUAAUCAGGGACUAGAAAGGAAAACAGUUAGGUAAGAACUAGGGAUGGAAAGGACCAAGGAAGGACCAAGGCUACACAUGGGGGCAGCGAAGCAGAGCCUGUUUGUCCAGGGAGCAGUUAAGUGUCUGAUCCUGCUGUCUGAAAACACAUGUGAACUUGCACACAUAUGCACGCACGCGUGCACACACCCCUCCUCCUGUGCUCCCUCCACCUGCAAAGCUGACUUCGUCAAGCACCCGAGAGUCCGUGCUGAGUACCCGUGCCACAGCUGAAGCCCUCAGCUGCCUCCUGUAUUCUAUAUGCGACCAAGAGUCCCAACGGUGACUUCCAUAGGCUCAGCAUAUGACAGACUCUAACCUUAAUCUCGUCUUCAUGGCUUCUUACAUCCAAACCCUGUCCCGAGUCUGAAUACAGGCAAAUUGUUAAGCCUAUCCACUUGUUUCUAAGAAACGUGUCAUUAUAGAAAAAUCUGGAAGUAUAAAAUGUAAACUAGAGUAAAGAAACCACUUGACCUCAUACCUAUCCAAGCUUAAAACCCAAACUAUCCCUGCUUUUUGUGAUUUGCCAAACACCAUUCUAUCUAAUGUGUAAAGCAACAAAUUCACAGAUCUUAGUCCCAACUAACCUUCUGCCUGCCCAAACAUAACCACAUCCCCUUCCUGGACUCAAAUCUCAACCACGCUCACUCAACCAAAUCCCAAGUCUAAAUUCAUCGGAAAUGUUAAGCCUAACCUAGUCCUUAAGCCUAACCUAGCCCACAGCUACUUAUAUUCCCACCCUAUCCUAGCCCAGAUGGGUACUGGUUUUGAUCUUUGGACCUCACCUAAAGAGCCCUUUAGGAAAGUGUUUCCCACCUGACUCUGCCCCUUCUCCCAGCCUCAACUGGUUUCUGGACACAAGCCCUCCAUUGUCGUCUGCGGACCAGCCUGCCUCUUCAAACUCCCAUCUUUCCCCUUGAUGUUGCCCCUCCAACACUCCAGAUAAAGGCAGGGCAGGCACUGGCAGGCUCUGCAGUACAGGCCUAUCAUCCCAGCCACUCAGGAGCCUGAGGCAGAAGGAUCGAACUUAGGGAGAACCUAGUCUCAAAAAAACAGAGAAGAGCUGGGGCUAUAAUUCAGUGGUAGAGCACUUGCCUGCAUGUACAGGCCGUCUUUAAUUCUAGCACUACCGGAAAACAAGGCGGGUGGGAUAUCAAACUUCUAUAUUGCCACUCAGGGGAAUACUGCAUCUCCUUCAGAUCACGCCAUCAGACCCUCAUCACAGCCAGGAGCUGUACCCUAGUGUAUACCCACCACUUCUCACUCCACAGACCCUCUUGGCCCCUUCAGGCCAACGUUGGCUGCGAACCCUACUCCUGCCUCACAUGCUGCUGCCUCUCUUCGCUCUUCCACAGGGCUCGUGCUCACAGCUUGCCAGAAUUAACAUAGGCCAUAGUCCCAUCCCUUACUUCCUGCUGCAGUGACACUAGAGGACAUGGAGAAGAGGCUGGGACACACCUGGAACUCCGACAUACUGACAUAAGGCCCCUCAAGCCUGGCCUGCCCCUCUCAGCACACACACAAUUUUGGCACAUAGAGUGACAUUCAUGACGAAGACUUUGAGCUGACAGAUGCAGUCAAGUAUCGACUGAUGAUGGACACAGAUGCCAGGACUUCGUCCUUGCAGACAUACCUCCACAUCCACUCUUGGACCAGAAGUGGUUCCCUUCCUCCAUCCCCUCCACCUCCCAUCUGGUGUCUCACCCUCACCCCCCUUCCUAGCCCAAGGUGGGGACAGACACCUGAGGGGCUGCCAAUUGUCUCCCCACUUGGGCCUGGGCCCACCCUCAUACUUCUUGCCCAUCCUGUCCACAGGGGACUCGUGGGGGAUGUUAGCUUGCCUAUGCACGGUGCUCUGGCACCUCCCUGCAGUGCCAGCUCUUAACCGCACAGGAGAUCCAGGGCCUGGCCCCUCCAUCCAGAAAACCUAUGACCUUACCCGCUACCUGGAGCACCAACUCCGCAGCUUGGCUGGGACCUAUCUGAACUACCUGGGGCCCCCUUUCAACGAGCCUGACUUCAAUCCUCCUCGGUUGGGGGCCGAGACCCUGCCCAAGGCCACUGUCAACUUGGAAGUGUGGCGAAGCCUCAGUGACAAGCUGCGGCUGACCCAGAACUAUGAGGCCUACAGCCACCUCCUGUGUUAUUUGCGCGGCCUCAACAGGCAAGCUGCCACGGCCGAACUCCGGCGCAGCCUGGCCCAUUUCUGCACCAGCCUCCAGGGCCUGCUGGGCAGUAUUGCAGGUGUCAUGGCAGCUCUCGGCUACCCACUGCCCCAGCCUCUGCCAGGGACUGAGCCAGCCUGGGCCCCUGGCCCUGCCCACAGUGACUUCCUCCAGAAGAUGGAUGACUUCUGGCUGCUGAAGGAGCUGCAGACCUGGCUGUGGCGUUCAGCCAAGGACUUCAACCGGCUUAAGAAGAAGAUGCAGCCUCCGGCAGCUUCGGUCACCCUGCACUUGGAGGCCCAUGGCUUCUGAUUCCUGACCCUUAACUCCUCCCAGUCCCUGCCCCAGUCAGCUGUGUUUCCAUUCUGGGGUGGAAAAAAACAAACAAACCUGUAUACCAACAUUUGUUGAGCCAGGAAACAGACAGUGGGAACUCUGUCCUCCUCUCCCUUGGGUGGGGAGUGUAACGCGAUAAGCCCUGUCUCCUGACCAGCUCCUAGAGUCCUAGGGUCUGGGGAAAAGGGGAAGUGGGCAUUAUCCUGUUCCCGCAGAGCUCGAGGAAGUCCAAUGGCUCAGGUGGGUAUAAAGGUGCUCCCGCCUCCUGCUUCCUGCCUGCCACUUGCCAGGGCCCACUCAGUUCCUCAUGUGGCACUUGCAGAAGCGCACCUGGAGGGCAUGGGUGGGGGCCACUGUAGCUUGUGCCUUUCUGGGGUAAAGGCCCCUGGCCUCCCUCCCUCUCCUUGGAUGGGUGUUGCUCCCCUACCCCAAUAACUACAUAUCCAGUUCAGGAAAUAAGGUGGCCAGUCUAAACAAGGGUGUGACAGAAAGCAGAGGGGUAGGGUCUGUGCGGGAGGUGGUCUCGAAACCAGAAGAUGAAAUACUAAAGAGAGCAGGGCAGGGACAGACCAGACCCAGCAGUCGCCAAGGCUGUCGGUGGCACAGGGCGGAAAACAGAAGCCAUGUGGAGCAUCAGGACCUCGCCUUGAAUCGUCUUGCCGGCAUCUCGGUGCCUCCUCUCCACCCCUUUCCCAGGGUAUCUGUGGCUGCCUGGGCUGGGGAGGGCAGCCACAGCCACAGGGUUUCCUGAAAGUUUACAUUGCAGUAGCAUUGUGGGGUGAGGGGGUGGCUCCCCAGGCCCUAUCCCCAGCCCCCACCCACUCAUGACUCUAAGUUUGUUGUAUUAAUAUUUAUUUAUUUGGAGAUGUUAUUUAUUAGAUGAUAUUUAUUGCAGAAUUUCUAUUCUUGUAUUAACAAAUAAAAUGCUUUCCCCAGAA